GCGCCCCUCAGUCCGCUCUAAGCGUCCCGCUUGAGUGCACGUUGCUCUCCGUGCUGUGCACGCCUCGCCGCUGCCCGAGACUCCGGCCUGUCGCCUCCGCUCAACCGCCGAGAUGUCACUUUCGAACAAGCUGACUUUGGACAAGCUGGACGUGAAGGGGAAGCGGGUCGUGAUGAGAGUGGACUUCAAUGUGCCUAUGAAGAACAACCAGAUAACAAACAACCAGAGAAUCAAGGCUGCUGUUCCAAGCAUUAAGUUCUGCUUGGACAAUGGAGCCAAGUCGGUUGUCCUGAUGAGCCACCUUGGCCGACCUGAUGGUGUUCCUAUGCCUGACAAGUAUUCCUUAGAGCCAGUUGCUGCAGAACUCAAAUUUCUGCUGGGCAAGGAUGUUCUGUUCCUGAAGGACUGUGUGGGCCCAGAAGUGGAGAAAGCCUGUGCCAACCCGGCUGCCGGAUCUGUCAUCCUGCUGGAGAACCUCCGCUUUCAUGUGGAGGAAGAAGGGAAGGGAAAAGAUGCUUCUGGGAACAAGAUUAAAGCAGAUCCAGCCAAAGUAGAAAAUUUCCGAGCUUCACUUUCCAAACUGGGAGAUGUGUAUGUGAAUGAUGCCUUUGGCACUGCUCACCGGGCCCACAGCUCCAUGGUGGGCGUCAAUCUGCCACAGAAGGCUGGAGGGUUUUUGAUGAAGAAGGAGCUGAACUACUUCGCCAAGGCCUUGGAGAGCCCAGAGCGACCUUUCCUGGCCAUCCUUGGCGGAGCUAAAGUUGCAGACAAGAUUCAGCUGAUUAAUAAUAUGCUGGACAAAGUCAAUGAGAUGAUUAUUGGUGGAGGAAUGGCUUUUACCUUCCUUAAGGUGCUCAACAACAUGGAGAUUGGCACUUCUCUGUUUGAUGAAGAGGGAGCCAAGAUUGUCAAAGAUCUCAUGUCCAAGGCUGAGAAGAAUGGUGUGAAGAUUACCUUGCCUGUUGACUUUGUCACUGCUGACAAAUUUGAUGAGAAUGCCAAGACUGGCCAAGCCACCGUGGCUUCUGGUAUACCUGCUGGCUGGAUGGGCCUGGAUUGUGGUCCUGAGAGCAGCAAGAAGUAUGCGGAGGCUGUUGCUCGCGCGAAGCAGAUUGUGUGGAACGGACCCGUGGGGGUGUUUGAAUGGGAAUCUUUUGCUCGAGGAACCAAGGCCCUCAUGGAUGAGGUGGUGAAAGCUACUUCCAGGGGAUGCAUCACCAUCAUAGGUGGUGGAGACACUGCCACUUGCUGUGCCAAAUGGAACACAGAGGAUAAAGUCAGCCACGUGAGCACUGGCGGUGGUGCCAGUUUAGAGCUUCUGGAAGGUAAAGUCCUUCCUGGGGUGGAUGCUCUCAGCAAUGUUUAGUGUUUUCCUGCCUUUUGGUUCCUGUUCAUAGCCUCUAAAUCAACUUGUUCUCUGCAUCUCCACUUGGUGUUAACCAAAAGCUUUCCCAACAUCAAGAUUCAGCUAGUGGCCAAGGAAUGCAGCGUCAGGAACCCUUAAACGGUUGCACAGCAUCUCAGCUCAUCUUUACUGUCCCCUGGAUUUGCCUCCAUUCAUGAAGAUCUCAUUUAAUUCCUUAGUGCUGAAACCAGUGUACAUUCUAGAGUGCAUAUAUUUAUAUUUCACCUGUUAAAAAGAAAGUGAGCUGUGUUAGCUUAGCUAUCUUCUUGAUCAGCCUUGUCACUGUUUCACUGUUCAGCAUGGGAACAAGAUGAAGUUCUAGUUGCAGGUAGGCAGACAAAAGUUGACUAUCUCUUAAACAAUAAAAAUGUUCAUUGAAACUGG